GAACGGUCACAGUCUUCCGGCGUUCCCAAAGCCAGGAAGUGCAGUGCGGACAGUCGAGUACGGGAGGUUAGCCACCUACGAUGGUGAUGAGCGCUAGAACUAUCCAUGCUUCACCGCGGCUGUUCUUUUGCCCAGACUCCAGAGCAGGCCAGAAGAAAGAUAGUUACAAACUUUACUUCAGACCCAUUCUCCCAGCCCUCAUCACCACCUUCGAAGUGACAUCUUCGUCUACGCGCACUUCCUCGCUCCACCUUCCGCUACCCUUCUUUGUCCUGGGAGAGAUACGCACAUCGACAGACUGAAUCGAGCAAGCAUCGCAUUGUUGUUUGUUUUCUGCGCACCGCCCAAAUUCUGGACUACGACUUCCGAGGCUCCGGAGCUAUCAGAUCAAAUUACCCAUCUGAUAACAGACUCGCUUUGAUUCCCAUCGUCCCGCCCUUUUGAAUGUCGGGCUCGCCCACGACAUCGACUGCAAUCGUGGAGACGAUAAUCGACAGAACGCGCCAAUCCAUGGCGGCGCAUGACAAGCUGAUACUGGAAGAGGCGGACGAAUACGAUUAUGAGUCUCUGCCGCCCAAUUUCUCGCUGGCGGCCAACAUGGCCGCCGGCGCAUUCGCGGGCAUUGCUGAACACUCGGUCAUGUAUCCGAUCGACCUGCUGAAGACGCGGAUGCAAGUCGUCAACCCAUCGCCCGCCGCGAUAUACACUGGUAUUGGGAAUGCCAUUGCGACAAUAUCGAGAGCUGAGGGGGGCCUGGCGCUGUGGCGAGGAGUCUCAUCCGUGGUCGUGGGAGCAGGACCUGCACAUGCAGUCUACUUCGCCACCUACGAGGUGGUGAAGCAAGCAAUGGGCGGUAACGCGUCUGGACACCAUCCCGUCGCCGCAGCCUCCAGUGGCGCCUGCGCGACAAUUGCCAGCGAUGCCUUUAUGAACCCCUUUGAUGUGAUUAAGCAGCGCAUGCAGCUCCACGGCUCGACCUACCGAUCCAUCCUCGACUGCGCACGCCAGGUCUGGCGAGCCGAGGGACUACGAGCUUUUUACGUCUCUUACCCAACCACACUCGCCAUGACCGUACCUUUCACCGCCCUGCAAUUCACCGCUUACGAGUCGCUCACCAAAGUUUUCGCCAAGAGGCGCGCACCAGGAUACGACCCGCUAACGCACUGUGCAGCAGGAGGUAUCGCAGGAGGGUUCGCCGCAGCAGCUACAACGCCUCUGGACGUGAUCAAGACGCUGCUGCAGACGAGAGGGAGUUCUACAGACGCCGAAAUCCGAAGCUGCAAAGGUCUAGUGCCAGCUGCGAAGAUCAUUUGGAGAAGAGAGGGUCUGAAUGGCUUCGUCAGGGGUAUGAAGGCACGUGUUGUGACUGCUGCGCCUUCUACGGCUAUCUGCUGGUCUGCCUACGAGCUGGCCAAGGCAUACUUCAUUCGAGUGCAAGAAGAAUCAUGAGAAGCGGGGGCAUGCCUUUCAGGUGCCUGGACGCGAGGGGACAUCGAAGCAGAGGUUUACUGACCCUUUGUGUGCUCCAGGCAGGGGAGUUGUCAGCUUCAUGGCGCUUUACGAGAGGGCCGACCAUUCAGUGCGGUGCUGGAUUUCAUUAGAAGUACGGGUGGCUCUCAACGAAACUGGAUACAUGGGCAAAAAAGACGAGCUGGUAAACAGCGACAGGACUGCUGGCUGACGUUGCUAUUCAUGGCGAUGGCGCUUGGUUUGAAAAAUGGGUCCCGGCCGGCAGGUCCAAUACAUGCGCACCUCUUGUGCUCGUCGGUCAAAGAUACCCCCAAAGUGUGCGUGUGCGUGUGCGCGUGUGUGUGUCUGUGUCCGGCCGGGAACAUUUCGCAAGGCUGAAAAUAUCUUCCCCUUAGCUGCUGAAUCCAUCCGAUCGUGACCUCGACGGAAGGUCGCAUGGCCGGGUUCAGAGGAUUGUACUGUACAUAAUGUAAAGUAAGGUCCGGUAGCCACGAAAAAACACCUACCUGUAC